AUGAUCAUGAAGUACUUCCAGGACCUGCACAUGUUCUUUGCACUGAAGAAGUUCAAUACUGGUUGGCAACAACUGGAAGUAGGGAUUGCAAUGGGAUGCUCCAUCUCCCCCAUCCUCUUCGUGGCAGCAUUUGAGGUCAUCCUGAUCGGGGCAAGGCAAGUGGUGGGUGGCGUCCGAUUGCCUGCAGGUCAGAGGCUCCCUCCCCUAAGGAGCUAUAUGGACGACAUCACGUGCCUGCUACGAACUGCGUCAUGCACAUCCAGGCUGCUGAAGAGGCUGGACGAACUGAUCUCCUGGGCAAGGAUGAAGUUUAAGCCACAGAAGUCAAGGAGCCUCUCGCUUCGGAAAGGGGAGCGGAAUGACAGAGUCACCUUCACCAUCGGCGGAGAAGUCAUCCCCCUCAUCGCGGACCAGCCCAUCCAAAGCCUGGGUAGACUCUAUACAUCUGGUCUCUCAGACAAGGACAUGGGAAAAUCCUUCAGCAGCUUUCAGAAGGCCUGUCAAAAAUCGACUCAAGCCAGCUACCCGGAAAGCACAAGGUGUGGUGCUAUCACUUCACCCUGUACCCGAGAGUGA